AUGAGCGCUACAUUCAAUGAUUUAUGUUCUCCAGGUGGUUCAGAAUAUGGUGAUGGUGAUCAUGCUGAUGAAAUAUCCGCUGUUCCUGGUAGAAGAGGCAGGAAAAAGAGUAUAAAACAUAUGAACUUAGGUCUUUCUGAUGAUGAUUAUGGUGCUUCAUCGAUAAAAAAUAAUAAAACUGUUAUUCGGAGAGGUAGACCUCCAAAGCCAAAGGGUCUUUCAUUGCAUAUUUCAGAAGCACCGAAAGAUAUAUCUUGGGUUGAAAAGGAAGUUUUGAAUGAUGAGAUUGUAUUAGACGAAAUUGAUUUUUCUGGUGAGAAAAAAGUUAAUAACUUUGGUGUUUUGGAGGAUGGAAGAAAAUAUCGAUGUAGGACAUUUACUGUUUUAGGACGUGGAGAUCGUUUAUAUAUGCUUUCUACAGAGCCGGCUUAUGUUUUGGGAUAUCGUGAUCCGUAUCUUUUUUUCUUAAAGCAUUCAUCUUUGUAUAAUGUUAUACUUAAUGAGGAAGAAAAGUUGGACUUAGUUCAAAGGAAUAUUAUUCCUGAAUCAUAUAAAAGACGUUCAGUUGGCGUAGUUACGGCAAGAUCUGUUUUUCGUGAAUUUGGUUUUCGUAUUAUAAUCAAAGGAAAGCAGGUUGUUGAUGAUUAUUGGGAAAGUUCUACUUUUAAAGGUCAAACCCGUUCAGAUAAUGUAAAUUCUGAUAAUAAACUUUUGUUUGAAAAUAUGGAGUAUGAUAAAAAUCAUCACAUAUCUUCGCUCGGUACUAGUUCUGUUUAUCAAUAUAAUCCGGAAUUUGAAUCUGAAAUAUAUAGAAAGAAAAGAAAGGUUACUAUUACUGAUGAAAAUUGGAUGUUAGAACAUGCUCGAUCUGCUAGUCGAUACAAUAGUUUUUUAACGAUUCAAAGAAGAGAAAAGUGGGCAUUUGGUGUUUAUGAACCACAUACAAAUACUCAUCUUCGAUUUGCUACUUCUCAGCCUACUUCAGUAAGAUGGCAAGGUGGAAUAGAUAGUGAUAAGGUUAAUUCUGGUUCAAAAGUGAUUCUCGAAACUUUGAUGGAAAUAAGACCCAUUUCUGGCUCGUGUGUGCACUUGAGUGAUAUCCCAAAAGAUGUUUAUAAAGUUUGUUCUUCAGAAAUAUUACAUGCGAUUAAAGAAAGACAAGAAGAAGAAAAGAAUUAUGAAUAUUUAAAAAUUGAAAAAUGCGUUUGAUAAUUCAAAUUGUUUUUUAAAUUAUAGAUUUUAGUAUUUGGGUUAUAACUUUUUUUACCAGUUGUCUUUUAAUUUUCUAUUCAGGA